AUCCUACGUUUACCGCUGAAUAAGAGUUACACCACGUGACCAGCAGGAGUUCCAGCUGCCCUGCACGCACGGUCCUGUCACCUGUGUAGUUUUUUUAAAGGUGUAGUUUGUAAAACAAUGUCGUCGUUUGAAGAGCUUGUGGUCAGUGUGCAGGACUGUGUGGUCAGCGAGGAUCAUGUUCGUGACAAACUCCGCCUCUUCUGUGAUAAACUCUCUGAAUCCUCCAGGAGCGCUGUUAAAAGAUGUAAGGAGCGCAGUUUGGAGGAGGCUGCUCUUCUCCUCAGACAGAUCUCACAGACUGAGCUCUGUGGUUUAGAGAAGAAUCAUCUCCUGCUUCUGGUCAGACUCCUCGUCUCCAUGCAGCUGCAGACGGCCAGCAUCUCCACAGCCUGUCGUAAAGUGGACCAGAUGCUGCAGCACUUGUCAAACGUGGACCAGCAGCUGGUUUUUAGAGAAAUCCAACAGUGUUUACACUCCAUGAUCCACACUGACCAGGUAUUGUCUUUUGAGGAUCUACAGAGAGCCUGUAUGUUCCUGGAGGACAGCACCGCGGGCCGAGACGUGUGGCGAGAGUCGUGCCCGUCCUUGCUGAGUAAAAUUUCCGAGUUGUUCCCUGUUGUGUUGCAACACGAAUCCCAUAGAGAUGGACCGCUGUGUUACAUUGCCAUCAAGCUGUGCUUGCAAACAUUCCAGCUGUUGUCCACUGAGGUGUCUCCUCUCGUGUGGAACAAGGAGCACAGGAGUUCACCAAUGCAGACGAUCUUGCAGGCGCUCAUGGACAUAAUACUUGGACAGUGCUGCAACAGGGACACUCGUCUUCUGGCCGGCACUGCUGUGGCCAUGCUGAUCAACACAGCGUCAGAGAGCGGAGCUGGAGGAGCGGCUGCCUGGAGUCUGCUACACUUCUCUGACAUAGAGCCUUGGCCUCUGACCGUUGGCGCUCUUCAGAUACAGUGUGUUCCUGUAGGAGGAGAUGGGGUGGCGAGGCUGGCCGUGAGCAGGGGCCUCCUCACCUGCUGUCGACCUCACGUCUUGCUCAGCUCAAGUGUGGACGACACGGAUACGUGUUUACUGCUGAAAGGUUUGUUUCCUCUCGUCUACGCUUUGUGUGAGGAGAAGCUGGAUUGCCACUACUUUGCCUUUGAAGUGUUAACACUAUGGCUGAAGAGAGUGAAAGAACACUUGGCCGAUAUCUGGAAGACGACGGGUGUCUGCCUUCUGUCUGACAACAGCGUCCUGCUGCAGAAGCUCAUUGACAUUAUCUGGACCAAUGCAGAAAGCCCAGUGGAGGGUGUGUCAGAGUUUGUGCGCAGUGCCCUCUCUCUGCUGCUGGACAUCUAUGAGACGGACUGUGUGAAGUUUUGUGACACAAAGAAGACUCUGCAUUUCACUCUGCUUCAGCGAGCCAUCAAACUACCCUGGGAAACCAAAGCCAAAUAUCAUCAUCUGUGUGCAUUGUUGCCAUAUCUGGGCACAGACACGGUGCUUGAUCAAUAUGUCGAUUUACCCAGUCAUCUCCUCAAGGGCUUGUCAACGAAUCACCUGUCACCGUGUGGAUCCGAGCUUUAUAAAUGUCUGAUCCAGCAGCUGAGGCGAGAGCUGUGCGACAAGUCAGAGUCACACACCGAACUGGAUCUGGCCGAUGAGUGGGCGAGGCGAUGGCAGUCCGUCCUGCACAAGGCACUGACGUCGGAUGUGACUCUUCUGCAGAACAACGGCUCAACACACUUAUUGCCCUGCACCUUUCAAGUCUUCCCUUCUUCUGUGAAUCAUCUGCUGGCCUCUCUGGACCCAUUCACCCCCGGACACCUCCAUGCCUGGGCCUGCAUCAUGAGCUCCUACCGAGCCACGACAGGAGGCUCUCCCUGGGCUCUACAGGGCAGCUCGGCUCUUGAAACCCUCCAGCUGGCUCUGGGAUCUGCAGAUGACAAAGUCCGCCUUGCUGCUCUCAGCCUCCUCUGCUGCAGCCCGAAGACCAAAGACACCCCGACCACAGAGGAGAUGUCAAUAAUGAUGAGGUUUAUUCCUCAGAACCUAAACUGUGAGUCUGCACCUUUUCGCCAGCAUUUUCAGGCUGGAGUGAAGAGAUUUUUGGCUCGUAUCAGAGAUGGCUGCUUGGCACAAGUAAGACAACGGAAGAGCAAAAAGAAAGAAGAGACCUCUUGCUCAGAGAGGACACAUGAGUCAUUGGAGCAGGGAAUAGGGUUUGUGGAAUGGUUGGGUCAGCUCCCGUACAGUUAUCUGUCCCCAGGACACAGUUAUCAGAGGAAGAAGACCGUGUUGCUGAUGCUUUCUGCGGUGCUGGAAACCUGCACAGACACAUGGAGCCCAGACAGGAAGAAGGGACAACCUCCAGCAAACAUGGGUUCUCUUAUUGCCUGUGCCAGACAAAGAAGAAAGUGGGAUUUCUUUAGUCGGACAAAACAGUUGGUUCUUAUCAGCUGUUUAGAGGAUUCUACAAAUGAGAUACGAGAGCUCUCAGCUGGGCUGUUGUUAAAAUUUUUCCCGCCCAGUUUUCCAGACGACAUUGCUACAGUGCUGCUCCUGCGGACCAAACAUCUUCUGUGUAGCCCUCGGGUGCAGGAGGCUCAGAUGGGAGCGCUGAUGAUGAAGGUCCUCCUGCUGAAAUCACAAAACCAGCCUGAAAACUGCAGACUGAACCCUGACAGCAGUGGAAGCAUGGUCAGGUUCCUGGUGAAGCAGCUGGAGGAGCAUUAUCUCACAGCCAAGGCAGAGAUGAUGCUUGCUGCCAGAACCAAGCCCAUACAUGGCGUCGUAAGUGCACUUCAGAGGUGUUUGGUCGAGGCAGCCGAUCGUGUCUUUGACACACUUGACUGCAGUCUGAUAACAGAGGUGCUGGACCUGCUGGAGAACAUCUCUCUCCUGCUGCUGGGGGUUCUCUAUGGAGAUCUUCAGUCAACAGAAGCCCCACCUUCUUUUUGUGAUAUGGGAAAUGCCAUCAGCUCGCUGAUAGCCCAAACAUCUGCAGGAGACCCUGUUGACGGAGAGGAGUGUGUCCUGCUGUCUGAAGAUCAUAGCCUCGUUCUCACCUGCUGCUGGGUUUCCCUCAAGGAAAUAGGAAUCUUCUUAGGUUCUUUGGUGGAGAAAAUCCUCUCAGAAUCCAAACCCAGCAAAAGGCUCGUAGAAAAAGAGGAUUUAGUCCGAGCAUCAAAAAUAUUCAAGAAUAUUCUCCUCAAAUGCCGUCACUGGGGGGCGGUAGAGGGAUGCUGUAUUGGCUUCACCAAGUUCUGUGCCUCUCUGUUGAGCAGCAGCGAUCAGGAGCUCAGAGAAAUUCCAGCUCAUAUGCUGAAAGAAGGAUUACAGGUCGUGCAAUGCCCUCGUUCCACGUCGGUGACUCGGCGCGCCGCAGGUUUGCCGAUGCUCAUCCUGUGCGUCGUCUCAGCAGAGGAGUCCAGUAAAGCCAGACCACUGUUGUCCCACAGUAUGCAAACCCUGCUGGACACGGCCAAAACGCCUCUGCCUGACAACUGGGACCAAACACUCGACCUUCCUCAGGUUUGUGUUUUUGUAAACAAAGAAACAGGUUCGAGAAUAUUGGUCAGACGCGAUCACGUUAUCUUCUCUGGUCUCUCACAGGUGUGUGCAGUUCACACUCUGCAGGCCCUCGUGCGCGGCUCAGGUCUGGGAGUCGCUGUCCUUCAGUUUGCUCCUGCUGUAGCCAUCCUGUCCCUCACUCUGCUCAGCUCUCGCUGCUGGGCCAUGAGGAACGCUGCACUGCAACUCUACAGUUCUCUGUGCUCGCGAAUGCUCGGCCAGCGACCCAGCAGUGAAGACAGUGGUCCCACCCAGCACGCCAUGUCCCCUCCCACCUUCUUUUUCCACUACCCUGCUCUCCAGUCUUUCCUCCUCGGUGAGCUGAAGGAAGCGGCACAAGACCUCGAGGGGCGACCCGAUGAGGCCAAGCUCCACCUCCAACCUUCCCUCUACCCCGUCCUCACCCUGUUGGCCCAACUCCAGCCUGGCGUCCAAGACUCGACAGAAACAUUGUCAGACUUCCUGCCUCCUUUACUCCAGCUGUCUGACAGUUCUAUAUACAGUGUGAGAGUGAUGGCCUGUAAGGCUUUGGUUGCCAUGACUCCCCCCUCGGAGUACAUGAACAUCCUCGUCAAACUCACGGCUCAGCUGCCCGGGCGACAGCAGCGCUGCUCUCACAACCGGCUCCACGGGCAGCUGCUGCAGAUCAAAGCCAUUCUAGAGAGAAGUUUAACCCUAACCACAGACAGAGGCCUCUCAUCUGCCCUGACUGAGGCGCUGAGCAAGGUGGACGCGUCACUGUGGCUGGUGACUGAAGCGCAACGCUGCCCUCUAGUGAGAGCAGUCUACCUAGAAGUGGUAGAGUUGCUAAGAGGAUACUGCUGCGAGACCUUCCUGUCAAAGCUCAGUGACACGCUCAUGCAUGACCUUCACGUUCCUCAAACGGGGCUUCAGGUUGGUUUGUCGUCCUUUCAUCAACGGGCCAUUAACUUUCUAUGUGCCGAUCUGAAGUUGGCGUGCCAAAUUUGGAGCGGCUUCUUGGCAGCGAGCCCUGACCUGAAGCUCUCACUGGUUACGUGGGUGGUGGAUGGGCAGGGUUUACAGCAGACCAGCCUGAGAGAGUUAAUCCAGAACGUGCUGCAGUCAAACCUCGAGGAGGCAUUGUUGUGCCACAGUGUGGGAUACCGCAGGACCUUCCUCACAGCCCUGAUACAAGUGAUGACCGGAGGUGACUCGUCUUUACGUCAACAUCAUCCUCAGUCAGACUCACUACAGACGUCGGUCUUGCCGGAGUGUCUGGAUAUAUUGCUUGGUGACCUGGAGGACCAGCAUGGUGGGCCAGAGUUUCUGUCCCAGGCUCUCUGUGCUGCUAGUCUGCUGCUGCCCCAGUGGUCAGAUUCAAGCCCAAAGAUGUCCAUGGUCCUGCGCUGGUGUAGCAUCUUGGAGCGCCACCGGUGCCCAGAUGCUCCUGAAGAGCUCAGGAUGGCGACUGCUGAAGCUCUGUGUGCGGCCGGAGUUCCACUUAUGAGCCACAAUCUGAGAAAAUCUGCCCUCAUGAUCAGGCUGAUCAACACAGGUCUUUACCUGCUGCAGGACCAAAGCCAGCAGGUGAGGAUGAAAACUGCUCGUUUCACCUCCAUGGUGCACCAUGCGAGAGCAGAGGACGGGCAGGGCAGUGUCUACCACAUGCAGGUCAACCAAGCUCUACCGUUUCUGCUGGACCUUCUGCUGGAGGAAUGUGUUGAUGCUCCUGGUGCCCUGGAAGUGCUGCUGUGUCACCUGCCUCAGCACGACCUCAGCUUAGUGCUGAGAGAAGCCACAGAGAACGGAUGUUCCAGUUUGUAUGAGCAGGAUGAAGCCAAUGUGUUUGCAGAGCCCGCUGUGAUGUCGGCCCUCGUGCUGCCCUACCUGCUGCAGACGGCUGACAAAUACUCCGAGUCCUCUGCUUUGGCUCAGAGUCUGAGUACAUGGGCAGAGCAGAGCGCUGCACAGGUGUCACACUGCCUUGAAGUGUGCAAGGAACUCCAGCCAGCUGAGACAUUGACCCAGGCCUGGCUGUCUCUCCUCGUGGACCCCCGUUUCCACAGCACACUGUGUGUCCUGUUCACCAGGGCUGCCUUCCUCCUUCGAUUGCUGAAGAAUUCCGAUGAUUUACGACACCUGUGUGAUCCGUCUUCCCUACAGAAGCAAUUACAGGACGUUUUACAUCAGCUCAGACACAACGGUGUCCACUUUCCCUCUGCCUUAACAGCUGCUCUGGAUGGAGAGCUGCCAUGUGAGAGAGGGGACACUCUGUGAGCAAAGCCACUGUACCUCAUGACUAGUUAUUUAAUAGUACAGGGUUCCCACGUGUCCUUUGAAAAUCACCCUGAAUAGACAUGGUUGAUAUUUAGGUAAAUGUCUCCCUUUACGUUUGUUUACGAUGCCACCUACU